AUGCAAAAUUCUAAUAAUGCAGCAGCGAGCAGCGCUGCCGAAAACAAUUCGACUGCAGCGUCAAAUUCUCUGCCGCCACUGCCUACAUUACAAGAAUUAAAACAGCAGCGAGCAUCUACAAAAGGCAGUAUAACGCAAAUUAAAAAUAUUGUUGAGAACAACAAAACUUUAUCGUCAACGGAAUUGGAGUGUAGACUUGGGAUGCUAGAUGCAUAUUAUAAGCAGGUAUCUUACUACCAGAAUCAAAUAGAGCGAUAUUGUCCAACAGAUUCAGCGCGCUCUGACAUCGAUGAGCUGUACGUAAGUACAAAAUGUUUAAUAUUGUCAUUAGUUGUGGGACGGAGGAGACAAAGCUACCAAGAGCAAACUUUCUCGUUACCGCAGCUGCCGUCAAACAGAUUGCCACAUUUAAAGUUGCCUAAGUUUGACGGCAAAUAUCUUGAAUUUAAAAAUUUUAUACAUAUUUUUCAAAACCUUGUAGAUAGUGAUUCGCUCUUGACAUCAACUGAAAAACUCAACCAUUUGUUAUCGUGCCUUCAAGGCGAAGCGUUAGCUACAGUAAAAGCGUUCCAGAUAACGGAAGACAACUAUCCGAAGGCUCUCCAAAGACUCAAAGAGCGAUACGACAAUGACCCUCUCAUAUUUCUGGAAGGCAUUGCAACACUUUUUGAUGAACCACAAUGUAUUAAGCCUGAUUUGACUCAACUUCGCCAAUUAGUGGACAACAUUUCGGCUUUAUAUAGUUCGCUUAAGUCACUGGGAUCACACGAACAGAUAUGUGAUACAAUCAUGAUUCACGUGGUGAUGACGAAAGUGGAUAGUGAGACGAAACGUAAAUGGAAUGAAUGUCACGACUAUACGAAACUACCAACUUGGCUGGAAUGUUGCAAGAUGUUUGACAGGCGAUGUCAACAAUUAAUGGUACUAGCAAAGGCCAAGCCAAAGACUACAAUCAACCAAGAGUUGCAGCAUACAAGUGUUCGUAAACCUUUCAAGCACAAACCUUUCAAACCUUUCUUAAUGACGAAACAAAAGUCUACAAGUCAGAUUCAUUGUGUAUAUUGUUUAAAACCUGGUCAUUAUAUUACUAAUUGUCCAAAUUUUUUAGCUCUAUCAGUUGAAAAUCGAUGUCAACAGGCGAAGCAAAUUCAACUAUGCUUUAAUUGUCUCCGGAAAGAUCACAUUGGACAAUGGAAGGACAAUGUCAUCAACGUAUUCAUGCCGAAUGUGCAAAAAACGACAUCAUUCACUUUUACAUAA